AUGAAGUGGUUCAAUGACCAGAAAGGGUUCGGCUUCAUCACCCCGGAGAACGACGGCGAUGAUCUCUUCGUCCACCAGUCCUCGAUCCGAACCGAAGGCUUCCACACUCUCGGCGACGGCGAGUCCGUCGAGUUCCAGAUCGAGACCGACAACGAUGGCCGCACCAAGGCCGUCAACGUGACCGGCCCCGAGGAAGGUCCCGUCCAGGGACGCGGAUCCGGCGGAGGCCGUGGCGGUAGGAGAGACGGUCGUGGAGGAGAAAUUAAAGGGUUGGAGCGUCGGAGCCGUGAGGGAGCACCAGGACACGACGCCGAUCGGAACACCAGCGCAUCAUCGGGACUGCGUGCGGCGUCGAGUGGGGUUUGUGAUGUCGGACAAGCGCUUCAGAAACGUCGUCGGAGGAAGGAGGUGGCGUCGGAGGCAGAGGCAGCAUUGGAGGCAGAGGCGGCGUCAGAGGACAGCGGGAGAUCGGGCCGGGACCGACUGAUUGCAUCGGAAAAAAAAAAAGAGACAAAGUCCUUUCGGAUCUUUGCGCUGAUACCAAGUUAA